AUGUCCCCGGAAACUACACAGCAGCCACCUCUCCCCGUCGCCGCUGAGACGUGCAGGAGAAUCAAAAAAGUCGCAGGCAGCAAAACGCCAACUCACGUGACCGGCCUUCCGCUUCCAGUUCUCGCAACGUCGACUCAUUCUCGCUUCUCGUCUUCUUCUCUUCUUCUGCUCAACGACAGCAACCUCAAGGCCUUCGUCCCAGCCCCAAACCCGUCGAUCCCGCUUUCGCGCCCAUUCUUCUCUUAUUCUUUUAUGCAACCAGAGGUUGACCAGUCCAUCAGCAACCACGAAUCCGAGCACCCGUCCCGCAACACCGACACUUCCCCUGCCCAGCAUGGAAACUUUCCGUCUCAGCAGUCUAUCCCCCGCGACCUUUGCCAUGGGAAUGGCGGGGCCCGGGAGGAUUUCGCCGACAGGCUCUGUGACGCGUCUUCUGCCGCUGUUGCCGGCGCGACUGGUGUCCCGGCAGGGAAUUCAAUAAAUCCAGCCAACUGCGAGAGAUCGAACUCUCCGGGGGAGCGCAUCAGCGAGUAUGAAAACGCUUACGCCUUGUCACCAAAAAUCGUCGAAGAGUUGGGCUUCAAAGUGACUCCACCUCGCCCUAAUGCGCCGCCGCGAGUCUCAAUAGAGGACUUUCCAAAUGAAGUAUUAACCCAUAUCCUGUCGCAUUUACCCGCGGCCUCACUUUCGUCGAUGAAUCUCGUCAACCGACGGUUCCACGGUCUCGUAACCACCCCCCAUGCGUGGAGAAUGGCCUUUUCGCGUUACUUUCUAGGCCCUGCUGCGAUUGAAGCUGAGAGAAACAAGCUUGAUUCUGACGAGUUUGAUCAUCUUAUGUUGAAGAAACGCGCAUUUUGUCGACUGACGACCUUCGCAUCUUGGAGAAAUGAAUAUAUUUUGAGGACUCGGCUGUUGAGAUCGUUGGCUAGAGGCAAACCAGCAGAAUACCAAUCUACUGGCCUGCAAGGGUCGCCACGCACCGGUCCCAUUGCUUCUCAAGCCGUGGUGACUUACAAUUCCCUUUUACUAUACCCAGUCACCCACAUAGACGGCGCGUUUGGCUCCGGUCUGGAAAAGAAGCGGGCCGUAUUUAUUCAUGGUGCAAGUGAGCAAGGGAUUGCUUCUGCAAGCGAUCCCGCAACAGGAAAGUCGGGCCUCGGUGCUUGGGGCAUUUCAGAUCCGCAAAUGUUCAACCAUUUCGCAGAUUCAUUCGCUGGUGAAACACAAUGGGGCCUUGGUCUCGGUGAACUAGUAGGCCACCCAAAUGUGAUGGAUGUAAGCCAACAAUAUGGCUUGAUAUACGGCGAAGGUUGUCCUCGUGGCCGCGCCUAUUUCCUGUCCUCUAGCGAGAAACGAGGUCGGUUCAUGGCUCUGGCAGAUGGACCCGCGCAGCCUCAACUUGGGAUUCCUAGACUAUCUACGAUGAAUGCCAGUAUAUGCUCUGUUUGGAUCGCAAAAUCGCCUCAGAUUUUGACAACUACAAAUGGACUUUGUGGUGGCGUGCUCACUGCCUAUGCCAUCGGCCCCAAUCACUCGCAAAAUCAACGCUAUGAGCGUGGCCAGAUAACAGCUAGAUGGGUCCUAUGUCCCGGAAUCCCAAUAGUUGCCAUUCGCAUCGACGACAAUUUCUCCACCAAACGACACGCGCAUCGCCGUAUUUGGGCUGUUAUUCUCAAUGCACUUGGUGAAGUGUUCUACCUUGUGGAUAUCCCUUUUGAACGGGAGAUGAACCCCAAACCCACGCCUGAACAGCUUAAUCGAUCGGCGUGGCAAACGGGCAGAACCGUUCGCUGGGAACUUGUUGAAGCAACGAGACGCGUCGCGAAAGCAGACCCAUUUCACAGUAUGGCCGUUGAUGGUAGCUAUACUCCAAGAACCUCUAGCGACUCCAUGUGUCUCAGCCAGGCCCAGUUGGUUGCUGAGACCGCUGAAGUGGAGAAAUACUUGGCUUUCAAGCCCAACCAUUUCAGAAAGCUUUGCGCAGGCUGGGACAUGCAGCGAAAACUGGAAGUAGACUUUGCCGGUGACGACGAACAUGGUGCUGGGGAAUCUAUCACUGUAAUCACGCGGGGCGUUACGGUUGGGCAAGCGGCAUCGUUAAAACGAUUUACGCGGCUCAAAUUUAGCACUGCUGCACCUUCUGUACAAGUUGAGACGAUCCCACGUGUGAAGUCCGCCGCAAGUCUUCCAUCAGUUUUUGGUAAUUCACAGCCCCUGCCAUGUGUCGGCAAGGGCGACAUGCCAGCAUUGUGCGAUUGCAGCGGGUCCCAAUGCACACUUGCAACAAUUGCUUGGACGGAAUCAGCCCUGAAGGCUGAUUUGCCGAAGCUGGCCCAAAUAACGACGACUGCCAUGGAUAUGUCGGCCGUUGCCCAGUUGACUGUGUCCGAAGACCCACUUCUCAGCAUUUGCGGUAGCUCCGAAUCGUCCGAAUUCUCUACUCCCGUAUCAAGUUUCAAUGAACCGUCGGACCCUGCGCAGAUUCCUGGUCAUCGGGCCCGUUUUCUGGCCGUUGGCACGUCUACUGGUACUGUCAUUGUUUGGGAUAUCCGAGCUCCUGUUUCCCAAAAUACUGAAGUUAUCAACCAUGUUGACCCAAUUCGAGUCAUCAACACGGACUCGCCUCAAGUUUCCAGCUUAGGAUUGACCUCACUCUACUUGGUCCAUGGUGGCAAUGAUGGAUUGGUCCAAGCGUGGGAUGCUUUGGGCUCAUCGCUCCAGCCGAUUCGCACAAUCAAUUCAAGGUUUUCCUCCCGGGCACGCCGUCGUCUUCAGCAAGCAGAGACAUCUGUACAAGGAGUUGGCCACAAUUACUUUGCCGCAGGAGCCAUUUGCCUUGAUCCCGAUCCAACGCGCCUUAGAGGUAUCGUGUCUCUUGGGACUCAAUUACGUUACUGGUCAUACAGCUCUUCUGCGGCCGAUCAGUACAGAAGCAAUAAGCGCCGUCUACGGUAUAAACAGCGUGGGAAUAACCGUUCUCCAGAGGCCGAGCGAUACUCACACACCGGUCGCGGUGCGUUGAAAGAUUAUAUCAUGAAUGAGCAGCUUGAGCUACAGCGACAGAAGAAAGAGAAGGAGAAGAAUAGAAGGCAUCUCAGUGGUAGAUUCGGAGUUGACUUGCUUGGCCCAGAUGCAAGCGAAGAGCAGCUUCUCGCCUACGCUUGCAUGCUCAGUGAAGAAUCAUAUACUAGUGACGAAAGAACCAGGCGGGAAAGUGGAAGCAGCGGAGGGACGAACUCUUCAGGGGGCACGGUCGCCCCGUUAAGCUUGGUUAAUGCGGGCGGGGAGUCUUCCUCGUUUACGACAUUGAAUCAUGCAUCAAACGAUGAGUCUCAAAUUCUUCAACCGCUGAGCGAAGAAUUGGAGCCCGAUGUUGCAGAGGCCAUUCGUCGAAGCCUGGAAGACGUAUCCAUGUCCUCAUCGACACCUACACCUUCACAAGAUGACAAUUCGCAGCUUCUCGCCACUGACCCUGGUGAAAGGCCGUUUGAAUUCGGAGCGGAAAGCAGCGCCAGCCAACAAGAGGUUGACGAUUUCGAACUCGCACUUCAACUUAGCCUUGUAGAGCAAGAAAGUCAAGGACUGGGCGAACCUAGCCCAACAACAGGCAGCUUGACACCCGAAGACCUUCUGGAGGACUUUCCAAGCCUAGACAACGCGGCAACAAGUUCACGGUCUCCGCGUCGAGGAACAGGCAAGGGGAAAGGGAAACGAAAGGCGUAG